UAUUGCAAAAAAAAGAAAUAUGAGUGACUAUGUUAAUUCGUUGAAGAUAGAAGCCUUUCAUCGUCGAUUAUCUGUUUCGUUUGAAGCAGGUUGUAAAAUGGUGGAGAUGCGGAGGAAAUAAGCCGGAGAGAAAGCCUGUGUUUGCAUAUUUAUGAGUGUAAUGCAUAAUAGAUAUAGCAAAAAUGAAAAUUCCGUACACUAUACCGAAGAACGUGUUGGAAGCUUACAGAUGUUCAGAAGAAACGACACGGUUAAUGAGCGAGGUCGAACGAACAAUUCGACCGGAAGAUGUUUCCUGGGACGAGCAGAGAAUCCCAAGCUUAAAGACCCUCGCCCUUCGUGUCAUAGCCUCUGUGUGGAAGGAAAAUCCGAUACUGGAGGAAUUACCGACAUGCGAGGACAGAAAUACGCUGAUGGAAAUUCUGCCCACCGAUUUGCCGUUUGAACUGGUUACAAAGAAAAUUGAGAAUGAACAUUACUGGGAACGUUACUCGAAAGCUAGAUGGGAACACAACGAUCCCGUUGAACACGGCAAUUCUUGGCGACGACGCUACUGCGAGGGUGCUUUCCAGGAUUAUUUGGAGAAUCUCGAGCCAAGUUUUUUCGAGCCGCAAAAAGAAGAAUGUGACAAAAUGAUCGAACUAGUACGUGAUCAUGUCCACAGCAUAGAACUACGUUCUCUGCUACCGACAAAGUAAAGUUUUUUAGAUAAAAUCUAUAUGAUGUUAUUAGUAUAUUA